AGAUUAUUUUUCCAUCUCCAUUCUCUCUUCAUUGUAAACUCUCUCUAUUAAUAAAGAUCUCAGUUCCACACCAUUUAUUCUAUUUUUUAGUGUUAACAUGCGCCCACCGUGGGGCUUGGCACUUUUCAGUCCACGAAUACCACAUGGAAAAUUCAAAAAAUUCAUCACGACCUUGUAGAAGUAUUCCGAGCUCCAGAAGUGAAGACUAAAUGAGUGACUCUUCGUCAUCAGGAACAAACCCAAGAAAUACUGUUAAUAAAACAAAACCAUCAAAUUCAACCAUGGCAUCACAAAUACAGAAACUUACACAAGACAUGGAGGAGACGAGGCAAAGUUUAAAAGCAAUUAAGCGAGCCACAGCAUCCAUGACAAAAACUGUUACCACCUCAUCGCAAGAAGUAAGGUGUGAGCGCUUGUCACAAAGCGAUGCUAGGACAUUAGAGGGGAAGGAGCAAGAUUCAACACAGGAAAACAACAAUCAAGAUGAAAGUUACGUAGAAACACAGGUUCAUGAUGACGGUAUUUACAAAGAAAUUGAAGCAUUGCAACAACAUCUGGCAAAAAUAGAAGCAGGCAGGCAGAGGUACGCAGAACUAGCAUACACAGCUUCAGUAGAAAAAGCCUUUAUAGACAAAAUCAUCAGGGAACCUAUGCCAUCAAAUUUCAAAACUCCGCAACUAGCUGAAUACGAUGGAACUCAACACCUAGUGGAGCAUGUGCAAGGAUAUAGAAUGGCAAUGAUGGUAUAUGGAGCCUCGAAUGCUCUAUUAUGCAAGCAAUUUCCAGCAACUUUUAGGAAAGCUGUGCAGGCUUGAGCUCCUCAAAAGACCAACCAUCAUCUCUUAACAAUCAAACAGAAGACAAGAGAGUCACUAAGAGCCUACAUAGCAAGAUUCCAUAAUGAAGCUGUGCAGGAACA